AGAUUAACGGCUCUCUGUUUCUGUGUUUCCCACUUGCUGAAACAUCUCCUCAAACGGACGCUGGAUGUGGCGGCGGUGCUAGCAACGAAGACGCUAUCUUUCCACCUUUUUUCGGUUAUCGUAGCCUUGACUAGUCAGUUGUUUUCGACGGCAUUCAUGAAAUAACCUGAAAUUCAGUGUGUGGAGAAAAAGAUGAUUUCGCCGUGGGACCGGUGGUACUCGACGAGCUGCUGCCUCUGCUGCCAUGUACGAACAGGCACCAUUAUUUUGGGAAUAUGGUAUAUGCUCAUCAAUGCGGUGGUCUUACUCAUUCUGCUGUCAGCUCUUAAUGACCCAGUUCAGUACCGCUACCACCUUACCAGCUCCGAGCUGGGAACUGACAUCGACGUCAUGGACGAUGCGAAUAUCUGCAUAGCCACUGCAAUAUCCCUACUCAUGAUUCUUAUAUGUGGCAUGGCGACAUACGGUGCUUACAAGCAACACGCUGCUUGGAUCAUCCCAUUCUUCUGCUACCAAAUCUUUGACUUUGCCCUUAAUACACUGGUAGCCAUUAGUGUGGUGGUUUACCCCAACACGGUGCAGGACUAUCUCCAGCAGCUGCCGGGGACAUUUCCAUACAAAGAGGAUAUCAUGUCCACCAACAACAUGUGCCUAGUCUUUGCAGUCCUCCUCUUCAUCGGCUGCAUCCUGUCCUUCAAGGCCUACCUGAUCGGCUGUGUGUGGAACUGCUACAGAUAUGUGAGCGGCAGGGGCACCACGGAGGUCCUGGUUUAUGUCACCACAAACGACACCACGGUUCUGCUGCCACCAUACGAGGAAGCUGUUGCCAUCCCACCGAAGGAGCCUCCCCCACAGUAUAUGGAGGCAUGAGAUAUGCCCUCACUGCUGGAUUAUGUACCCCAAUCCUCCGACCACAUCUCCUUACAGCAGUAGGACUCCAACGCUGGCUGCAUCGUGUUGGAAAAACAAUGUCUUAGAUGCUGGUCCAGCUUGGAUUCCUGCCAAAUUUAGAGUAAAUUAGGCCGACCUGAGCCAGUAUUGCCAUAAACUCUACUCCCCUCCACCACCACCACCCUCCCGGUUGUUGUGACAUAUGUCCCCUCUUCUCGUCCCCUUUGUCCUCUUCCAAGGACAGCAUCACAUCAGCUUUCAGACUACAACCCCCACCACCCACACUAAUUCAGCCAAUCCUCUGGAUAGCUGCUGUUCCUUGGAAGUGACUCCUGCACGCCUUGAUAACCCGACUUAAUGUGCACUUUUCUUCACGUGAAAAGUGCAACGGUUUGGCCACCAACUGUUAACCCAAAUUACUGUGAACCUCUUUUGCAGUGUUUUGUCUAGAAACAAACUACCUGAAUAGAGACAAAGCAACAAAAAUAGCGAGAAGAAAACUUACAUUAUUAGUUAUACAAGAGCACUUUUUUCAGAAAUUGAAAAAUUUCCUUAGUUGAAUGUAAUUUUUGUAAGACGUUUUUGUAUCACAGUAAAAACUGAGAGAAAACACAAAUACUAAAAGGAUCUCCUGUUCUUAUAAAAUAUCUCCGGCGUGCUGAUGUUGCUCGUCCUGCUGGGAAAGUGUUUCGAGAAAGGUUUUGUGACCGAUAAUUACUCUUGUCUUCCUUUUGUAUCCACAGUAUGUGAACCCAUAAGCCAUCAACUGGCUGUGUAAACCCCGUUCGCACAGUUGAUUUAAAUCCCAGUAUUCCAUUUUGCCUUCCUCGCCACCUCCUUUGUAUGUUCAAAAUCAAAAAAGUUUGUGAUAAUCCAGUGAAGACCUUAGCACAAACCUGACACACAUUCAGAAACCCUAUACACAGAAACGUGUGUGAGUAAUGAUAAUGAUAAAUAUAUGGAAAUGUUCCCAUCUGUCUUGUGUUCUGGUCGAGUUUUGGCUGCAACAGCAUCGACUGCGUCUUUUGUACAUGGAUCAUGGUGUGUGAGCUGAUCUUUUUAGUUGAGCUAACUUAGCUGGGCUGAGGGCAUUUCCUAUAAAUACUCUGUGACAUGCUGUUGCACAUGCAGAUUCUAUGUGUGUGUUUACAUUUUUAUGUGCGCUUGCCUGCGUGUGACAUUAUCAUGUAACUCCUAGGUCACGUAUGUGUUGUAACAUUUAGUUUUCCCAUGCGGCGAUGAUUUGAUGAGAUGUUUCCCUCGUUGGUGGUUUUCUUGAAAUGAAAACAUUGGAUGGGACUCUAAAGCAGUAGCUCAGCAUAAUAACACAAAAUCAGUAUACAUUAUAUGACGCUAGUUAAACAGUGCAAAUGCUUGUCCUUUGUCAAGAACCGUUUAGGAAAACAGUCAGUAGACAGUAAAUAAUGUAUUUAAUCCGUUUACAUGAAUUACAUUUUAUUAUUCAGUCUAUGCAACAGUGCAUUCACCAACUUGUUAGGCUUGGAAAUACAGAUGUGGUCAGAAGUUCGCAUCUACUUAGGAGCUGUGGGAAGGCCAUUCCAUAAGCUUAAGGUUAUCCUGCUCUAUCCAUGUGUGUUUAGGAUCAUUGCCCUGUUGGAACAACCCAACUGUGUGACAAUUUUAACUUGUGCAAAUCUACAAUUCUCCUUAGAGCUUCACUGAGAUAAGCUGUAUAAUCAUUCAUCCCUGGAAAAACAACAGCUCAAAUAUAUCAUUAUAAAAGCCGAAACAUAACCUAACAUUCAUGUUCAAGAUGAGUGUGUGUAAACUUCUGACCACAGCUGUACAUGCACCAUGAAGUAGUUUUGUUCCAUUUGAUACUAAUACUGUAGUCCACAGUGUAGCCAUAUGUCGGCCCCUCUGUCCUCGUCCCUGUCUGUGUGAAUUAUGGCCGCUGCUUCUGCAAAUCCAACAAAGCUGAACAUGAAAUUGCACUUUAAACUCAGUGUGGGCUCACUGAAAACUGCUGUAUCUGUGGUUGUUUUUGUGUUUUCCAUCUUUGUUGUGUGAUCUGUCUGCAAAGUUGCAAAGGUGAACAUUUUCAUGAGUCUGGAGAAUUUCUGCUGAGUUUUGCAGGCUUUAAUGCUUGGACAGUGUCUGAACCAGUGGAUGGCUGAUGGCUGUUUUUUUUUUUUUUUUUAUUAGUCACUACGAGACUGUUCUCCUCUCUUUUCUUGUUGGAUCUGCAUGAGCUCACGUCUUUAAUUCUGAAUAAUAAAAAAGCUAAAACAUCUA